AUGGUUCCUGCUCCGGAUGCAGUUGUCAUGGAGAUGGAAGAGGGCUCAGCGUCCACUGGUGGCACUGUUACCAUGGAGAUCCCCAUCGCAGCGGCUGCCUCUGCGGAGCCGCAGGAGUGUGUUCAGCAACAUGGACAGCAGCACGGCGCCGGAGCCGCGUCCCACCGCAGAAACUACCGCAUGCUGAUCGUGAUCGGAGAGAUUUCCACCGGACAUCACCUCGACGGUGCCAGGACACAGAUCACACAAGGUUUACGUUCGUGGAACGUUGAUCUGACCGUUUGUGACCUGAACAAGGAGCUGCAGCUGUUUGAGACCAGACACACCGCCCAGUUUUCCUCACAGGUCAAAGGCCAGCGGACUCUCCAGUAUCAGAGUGAUGUCCUGGAGACUGUGGUACUGGUGAACCCAUCAGAGGAGACCGCUGCCUCAGAGAUUCGCUCUCUGAUCACUGACUUUGCUGGGAAUAAGUUGCUGAUACUGAGCGGGCAGAGCUCUGAGCAGGGAGGAGACAUCCUACUGCAAGGUGGAGCCUUCACCUGGCAGAAUUUCUCCGACAUCGUCUCCAACCCUCAAGUGAUUGACCUCCUGUCCAGGGCCUCUACAGAGCAGCCGUCCAGGCUUACUGUUUCCUGUCAGGGAGACGGGGGCUGGAGCUCCCUGGGCCAAAGCCAGGAGCAGCAGUCGCUUCAAAACCUUCUGGAAUACCGCCUGAACCCCGAACCUCACCUCCCCGACAUGGAUGGAGUCACGGAGUUCACGGAGUACGUCUCGGAGACGGUGGAUGUGCCGUCGUCCUUUGACCUCCUGGAGCCGCCGACCUCUGGAGGCUUUCUGAAGCUGUCCAAACCGUGCUGCUAUAUCUUCCCUGGAGGUCGUGGAGACUCCGCUCUGUUCGCCGUCAAUGGGUUCAACAUUCUGGUGGACGGAGGGUCUGAUCGUAAGUCUUGCUUCUGGAAGCUGGUUCGCCACCUGGACAGGAUCGACUCCGUUCUGCUCACCCACAUCGGUGCGGACAACCUGCCCGGCAUCAACGGGCUGUUCCAGAGAAAGAUCGCAGAGCAAGAAGAGGAGCAUAAUCAAGGGAACGGCUCCAGCAGCAACGGUGAAUGGAUGAAGAACCUGAUCUCUCCCGAGCUCGGGAUCGUGUUUUUUAACGUCCCGGAGAAGCUCCGGAUGCCCGAGUCGACACUGAAAGUGAAGCGAAGCAUUGAGGAAGCAUCUCUGACGCUGCAGUACCUCAACAAGCUCGGCAUCACACCGGAACCUCUUCACAGGGUUGUCAGCAACACCAUCGAACCCAUCACGCUGUUCCACAAACUGGGCGUGGGUAAGCUAGACAUGUACGUCUUAAACCCUGUAAAAGAGAGCAAAGAGAUGCAGUUUCUAAUGCAGAAAUGGGCUGGAAACAGCAAAGCCAAGACUGGGAUUACGAUGGCCAACGGAAAAGAGGGAGAAAUAUCAGUCCCCUAUUUGACUUCAGUUACAGCGCUCAUCGUUUGGAUUCCUCACCGCCCUACAGAAAAGAUAGUAAGGGUACUGUUCCCUGGAAAUGCACCACAGAAUAAAAUCUUUGAGGGUCUUGAGAAACUGAAACACUUGGACUUCCUGCGAUACCCAGUGGCGACCCAGAAAGACAUAUCAUCUGGUGCUCCUCCUCCCAUCAUCAAACAGACUAAAAUAAGAUCAAGAACUGACAGCAAAGAGAGUCUUAAGUCUUCACCCAAACCUCACUCUAAAACAACAAAGAAAGAAACCGGAGGGCAGGACGACGAGUCCAAGAGUGAAAUCACUAAAGAGAAUAAAGUGGAAAAGAAGGAAGAGAAGAAAGUCAAAAGCCAGAGUCUGAAAGCCACCAAGCAACAAAAAAACAGCGAGGUGGCCCCGGUUGCCGGCAAGACGGAGAAAAAGAAAAUACCCAAAGAGAAAGCCAAGCACGAGAAAGUGGAUGAAAAGAAAGACAAAGAGAAGAAAGAAAUUAAGAAAGAGAAAGUAAAGAAAGAUGAGAACAUAAGAAAAGAAGAUAAAAAGGAAAGUAAAGCUAAAGAGGAUAAAAAGAAGGAUGCGAGUAAACCAGAACUGAGAAAAAUCACUAAACCUGACCUGAAGCCACUCACCCCUGAAGUGAGGAAAACUCUGCACAAGGCGAAAACUCAGGGUAAACCCAAGAUGGACAAAAAUAAAGCAGUUAAAGAAGAAGCGAAUGAGAAGAAGCCAGUCCCAAAGAACAUCCCGGAGGAGAUCGCAGCAGCAGCUCUGGCCGACAGGUCCAUCGUGUCCUCCCCCGAGGACCUCACUGAGGACUUUGAGGCCCUGAAACAAGAAGAGCUGUCCAAAGUCAAGAGCGAGCCGAUCCAGAAUGAUGUCAUGUUUGGACAUUCACUCCACAUGGACACCAAAGUUCCUUCCUUAGUUUUCACCGAUGAGAAAGUAACAUCCCCAGUCGCUGAGAAGAAAUCUGCUUCCCCCAAGUCGCCUGUCAAACCGGACUCUCCGGUGCAGGCCGCAGACACUGACAAGAAGGCAAGCGAUGGCUUUGACAAGAAGUACGAAGAGGAGAAGAUGGAGAAAUAUGACAAAUCUCCUGUAAAGGACGACAUGAAAGACCGAUCAAAGAAGAGUGAGAGCUCAGAGGAGGAGGGUGAUGUCAUUGAAAAGGCAGAAUUUGAAGGAACAGAAGACGAUGAGGUGCAGAAAUAUAAAACAGAGGAGGCGAAAAAGGAAAAAACUGGAAAAGAGUGGGACACCAAGCCAGCUGAGCAGAAAGUUUUAUCAACCACAGGUCUGUCCGGGCAGGUCGCCGCCUCCGCCUCGGAGCAGUUUUCCUUCAUCCAAGACGAAACCAUCCCCGGCUACUCCGAGACUGAACAGACGAUCUCUGAUGAGGAGAUCCACGAGGAACCAGAAGAUCGGAUCCCACAGCUGAGCUACGACGUUGGCUCCUAUGACAUCUCUGUACCCGAUGUCCCAGGUACCUUUGACUCCAUGCACGGUAUAAAAGAGAUGAAAGGUUCAGCCAUGUCUGACGUCAAACCAAAAGCCUUCACGGGAGGUCAGGAGCCUGAGCUUGCACCUUACCCCGCCAUCAUCGCUGCUCCUCUUGCAGAGGAGGAGCACAUCUCCUCAGCGACAUCCAUCACAGAAUACGACAAGCUCUCGUCCUUUGCCACGUCUGUAGCCGAGGACCAGUCCAUAACCUCUGUGACGGCGCCUCAGGCCGAGGACGCAGGAAGGAACUCCCUCCUGCUUGACACCAUCAACAGCGUCCCCUCCCGCGCCGAGGCUGCCCCUGGGAAGGAUUACCUCCACUCGGCAGGAACCAUCUCACCCACUUCCUCUCUGGAGGACGACAAGUGCUUCAAGUCUCCGUCCUCUGACGAGUACCAGCCCAACAUUGCCGAGAUGGAAGACGCAAAGGUCAAAUCAAUCCACGAGGAAGAAGACGAUGAGGAAGACGAGGACGAGGACCAGACUCCGAACGUUGACAUUCCUCUGGGUAAACUACAAGAGGGCUACGAACACGCAGCCUUCAUGAUGCUCCAAGAGAAGCAGAAGUCUCCCUCUGCCACAUUCUCUCCUCCCCCACCUCCUUCUUUCUCCUCCACAGUGCAGCACUCUCCCACACAGGCUGUGAAAGAGUCUCCCUUUAGCUCGCAGGGAUUUAAGACUGGUGCUGAAAUAAAGCCUGUUUCACCCCCUCCAUCUUUCUCUUCUGAGUCCCACUCCAGGCAGGAGAGUGAGGAAAGAUGUAUAAGCCCAGAUGACAGCACCAUGAAACUGGCCUCACCGACUCAGUCUGUGCCGACAAGCAGCGGCUACUCUCCGACUGAAGAUAAACCCUUCAGGCCAGAAGACAAAGAUGACCAGAAAUCAGUCAGUAUGUUAGACAAUACAGCCUUUAUUGGAGUGGUAGGUGACAAGGUGCCGUCCGAAGAGUCUGAAGAAUCCAACGAGGAGGAAGAUGAGUAUUACACCAAAAAGGAUCUGCAGCCAACGGUCAAGGCCAAGCUAAUGGAGGCAAAAGAAGGAUGCUUCUUGGAUGACGACUUCAGCUCUGAGGCGAAAGCUGCAAAGACAGAAACGGAGGUCAAGGUCUCGGACAAGGUCUCGGACAAGGUGACAGUGUCUUUCAGCUCAGACGAGAAACCAAAACCGGAAGUGAUGUACUCGGAUGAAGACGAAGAGGAUGAAAAAGAUGAUGACUUCCCCAGCGGGGUCGGUUCCAAACCUUCAUCACCAGACUCAAAGGACGACAGCACGGAGAAAACUGAUGUCACUUUUAAAGAGCCUGAGAAGAGCGUUCAUUUCAGUCUCUAUAAUUUCCCAGAGAAAGAGGCCAAAGAAAAGGCGAUUUACAUUAGACAGGACACGCCCUACGUGCAUGGAAAAACCUUCUCUUACAGUGACAUUUAUGGCUCUGUUGACUCCGAUUCAUAUCGUCAGGAGUCCUUGGACAAAGUGGAGAAGGACGUUGCAAAGGGAGAAGUGGAUUCGCAGAAACCGGAGCCUCCGUCACCGGUUACAGGCAAGGACAAGAUGUCAGAAAAGGAAGGGUUUAGUGUCUCUGCUUCAUCCUGGCUAGACUCCAAGAGCGCUUCUGCUGCACCUCCGUUUGAAGACGUCAAAGGAAAGGAGGCUUUUGAAUACAGCACAGGCAGCCAGUUCCCUUCAGUCGCUGAUAGACCCGAGGCCUCGUACACUUCUUUAUCCUCAGAAAAAGACGCUCCUUUUAAGAGCCAGACCGAUAGCACAAAGUCCCAGACGUACUCCUCCAUGUUUGAUGUGGACAAACCUGUCGACACGGGCUAUGGCGAGAAAGGAGCCUGUUUGGAGGUCGAUAUGCGGAAACUAACAGCGAGGGAUGAGGAGGACUACGAUGAUGAUGAAGUUGUGGAUGACGACGACGAAGAUGAGGAGGAUGAAGAGGAGGAGGAGGAUGACGACGAAUGCACCGUCGACUCUGAUAUGGAGAAAGGAGCCAAAGAGAAGUCUGAGAAGGAGGUAAAAAGUCCAAUCACUGAGAUGUUUGGCUCAAAUAGGCCUGAAUUUAUGGUUUCUAUGGCCGGGUAUGGCUAUAACAGCCAGGGGAAGCCGAGCAAAGACACACCACCCGCAAAGACCGAACAGGAAACAAAGGAUGAUUCCUCAUCAAUGAGUGGGAAGCCAACUGAUUUGGGAGCUACAGGUUUCUCUGGCUACUCCUCAGGGUUCAAUUACUCAUAUGGAAGCGAAGAGAAAGACUCAUUUUUAACCAAAGGCAAAGAGGAUUUCACUCUGAAAUCAACAGAGGACAGUUAUUACCAGAAUGAGCGGGCUGAUGCAGACUUUGAGAAGCAGAAGACACCAGAUCUUCUGAGUAAAAAAUCCCUGGACACAAGCUUUCAGUACACGACCACCGCCGCCCCAGGGUACUCCUCCUCCUCUGCCUACAGCUACUCCUCCUCCACCUCGGGCUCACUGUCCACCAGCCGACAGUUCGGAGAGGAGCUGGAGACGCCCGCCGAGCCUCUUUUCGAGUACUCCUCCUUUAAAGACGAACACUCGCUGGUUAUGGAUUCUUCCUUCUCCGGCUCUGCUGGCGCCAAAGAUGACUAUCUGGAAGUGUCUGAAAAACAGACCACAGCCACAACCACGGCUGAGUCCACCUCCAGUUUAGCCCGCUUCUCCCCUCUCAGCCCCUUCGAGGAGGUCAAAUCCUUCCCCUCGCUCACAUCCUCUGCUUUUGCCGAAGACAAGAAGGAGCAUAUGACUACAUCAGCUGGAGUUACGGACAAAGGGCCUCAAUCUGAGUGCUUCUACAAGCCUGAUUGGUCUGAAGGGUCCAAGCUGGACACGGCUGUUGGGUUUGCAGCCUCAGCGGGACCUUUUGCUCAACCGACAGAGCUCUCUAAGGACAAAGAGGCUGCCAGCGCCGCUCUGUUUGGCGUCACCUCCUCACCACGCCCGGACAUAGAAGGCAAGCAUUACUUUGAAGAGACAGACAGCAGUGAAGAAGAGGAUGAGGAGGCAUACAUGCGUGAGAUGACUCGGAGGUCGCCCUCCAGCGGCCUCGCUGGCAGCCUCUUGUUUUCUGACAAGCCCGUUGCUCCAGCUGCAAGUGAAAAGCCAGCCGGUGCGCUCCCAGAUGUUCUCAGCUCCUACAUGCCCUCAUCUCUCCAUAGCGGCAAGCCGGACACAAUCAACGGUCCCACAGAGGUCGGUUCAACCUCCGCCGCCCCCGCUGGAGCGACGGCCAGCGGUGCAGCUUCAGGCCCUGCAAAGGUGGAGCCCAGAGAGGGAGCGGCAGGUUACAGGAGCCCUUUCGAGUGGGAGAUGUCAAAGCCCCAGAUGGGGAUGGUCCCCGGAGACUCCCCUCCACAUUACCGCCAUGAUGACGAGUUCGAAGAGGAGUGUGAGAUGGAGCCAGAGCACCCCGCUCGCCCGCUCUCACUGUCUUCAACCGAUCAGCCGUUCCGCUCGCCGUUCUACGCUGAAGAGUGCAGCCGAGGGGGGCAGGAUGACGACGACGAUGAUGACAGCGAUCAGGAUCUUGCUGGUAACGUGCCGAUGGGAGCAACCUCCUCCUACACCAGCCGCAGCUCUCCUGGAUACUCCUCCUCCGAGUACAGGCAGUCCAAACAAGACCUCUCCCCUUCCUUCAUCAACCCGUGCAUGCGGCAGUUAUCCAGCGACGAGGAAGACGACGAGCACGGACGCAGGAGUGACCAGUCACAGGAGGCCGAUGAGCACGAUCUGUCAGUGAAGAGACGGGCUAACAAGCAGCCUCAUCACCAGUCUCACAGUCACAGCAGCUCGCUGCACCAUACUGGCGGCAUGUCAGCUGGGCUCGGUCUGGCGACGGAGGACACACCGCCCACCUCCGUCAGUGAGUCAUUAGCCUCUCAGUCAGACUCUGAAGUGCACCCAGGCACUGAGGAAUACCCCUCUGCCACUGGAGAAGGCAACAUGGACUCGGAUGAGGAUGCAGACUACAUGCCUGUUGAUAAAUUAUCGGCCUCAGGAGGAGGCAGCCAUCAUUCCACUAGGAGGAGCAACGACCCUCCUCCUGCUCCCCUCAUGGACCCCUACCCUCACCCCCCACGCCCAGACGUCUGCAUGGUGGAUCCAGACUCUAUGGAUAACGGCUUGAUAAAAAAAGAGCCAAAAACCAAGGGCUUAAAGAAGACUUCAUCAAAGACCAAAUCAGCAUCCCCGGCCAGGCGUAAGAGGUCCCCCAUGCCCGUCAAACAGACGCCGUCUCCUCGCAGCACCUCACUGAAGAAGAAGGACGCAGACAAGAGCUCACGCAUGUCUCGGCUGUCGGACGGACAGGGCUCCAAAGACGACGACCUCUCCAGGUCGAGCUACAACCCUGGCAAGGGGCUGACUAACGGAGUCAAGAGCAGUUCAGGCUCUCAGAAGUCCGGCUCUGCAGCUGCUUCUGGCCUUCCUAUUUAUGUGGACUUGGCCUACAUUCCCAACCACUGCAGUGCAAAGAACGUGGACCAAGAGUUCUUUAAACGUGUUCGUUCUGCGUACUACGUGGUGAGCGGGAACGACAAUGCAAGUGGUGAACCGAGCCGAGGAGUCCUGGAUGCUCUGCUGGACGGCAAAGCUCAGUGGGGAUCAAACCUACAGGUGACCCUGAUCCCGACCCACGACACGGAAGUGACCCGCGACUGGUACCAGCAGACUCACGAGAGGCAGCAGGAGCUCAACAUCAUGGUCCUGGCCUCCAGCAGCACCGUCGUCAUGCAGGACGAGUCUUUCCCCGCCUGCAAGAUCGAGUUUUAAGCCCAUCGUUCCUCUCUCCUCCCUCCUGUAGAUCUGGUUUUAAUUGCUCUUCUCUUAUAGCCUGAUAUGCAAAUCUGCUGCUGCUUUGUGCACUCGAACACCCAAAGCAGAAACAGACCUGGAUAACUGUCUAUUUUUUUCUAGAUUUUUAUUCAUUUAUAAGCUUGUCGUGGCUAUCACCACUUGUAUUACAAAGGUAGUUUUAUGACAACUAUGUCCUCCACUACAUUAUUAUGAUUUCUCAGUCCUGUGAAAGGGAGAGUGCAGUUUUUCUGUUCCUUAAAUUGUCUUUUUCUCCCUCAAAACCAUGUGAGACAAUGGCAUCUCGAGACAAAAAGACCAUUGUACUGUAAAAAGAAAAAAGAGCGUCAUAUAGGUAACAACACAAAUUAAUAUUUGUCUUCUAAUUGGACUAAAUCAAAGCACAAGUUUGCACACUUGAGAGCCAGCAACAAAAUUAUUUUUCUUCCACAUCGAGCCUUUAACAACAAAGGCGAUCAAUUUAAUACAUUAAAAAACAUCAUUGCAGGCCGAUUGUGACCACUUUCCUCUAUUCUCCCUCCCUG